UGACGAUUCAUGCCCACUUAUUGCCAGAUUGUUCACGAGAGAAUGAAUAUGCAAAGCUUUUACCGUAGCAUAAUUAACCCAAACCAUCCAAGUUCUGAUAUAUCAAUAUAUUUUUAUUUGUGAUUUAUUAUCUUUAAGAGAUGGGAAGAGAUUCGUUGAGACUUGGCAUUCAUUUGGCGUGAACGCACGCGCAUCAUCUGCGAUUGUCUCUGAUCAUGGAAUGAUCGCCUGUUUAUCGUUGACCUUUUAAUGUCGUUUUGGCUAUUAUAAACAUGCAUCAGUAUCUAUACGUUGCUCUUGUUUUUGUGCACAUAUUGACGGAUUCGGAUUUAGCUAAACUUGAUGGCGCCCCUCCUUCUAAAAUAGCUGUUGUGGGGGCUGGAAUUGGAGGAACCGCUACAGCUCAUUUCCUGAGGCAACAUUUCGGUCCAGAAGUGAGAAUUGAUGUGUUUGAGAAGGGGUCGGUUGGUGGUCGUCUGGCUACUGUCACAGUGAACCACCAAGACUAUGAGUCUGGUGGAUCUAUCAUUCAUUCCCUCAACCUGCACAUGCAGGACUUUGUGCAACAACUGGGUCUGAAAUACCGUAAAAGUGUGGCUGGGAAAACAGCAGUUUUCAAUGGAGAGGAGUUCAUUCUGGAGGAAACUGACUGGUAUCUGUUGGAUUUGUUUCGUUUGUGGUGGCGCUAUGGGAUCAGCUUCAUCCGUCUGCAGAUGUGGGUGGAAGAGAUCAUGGAAAAGUUCAUGAGAAUCUAUAAAUACCAAGCCCAUGGCUAUGCCUUCAGUUCAGUAGAAGAGCUGCUUCACUCUCUGGGGGGUACAGGAUUUAUCAACAUGACCCGGCGCUCUCUUUCUGAGUCUCUGUUAGAACUGGGCGUCUCCCAGCGCUUCAUAGAUGAAGUCAUAGCGCCAAUCAUGAGGGUCAACUAUGGCCAGAACAUCAGCAUCCCAGAAUUUGUAGGUGCUGUGUCUCUGGCUGGUGCACAGGCCAAUCUCUGGGCUGUGGAGGGAGGGAACAAGUUGGUUUGUUCAGGCCUGCUAAAACUGGCAAAGGCUAAUCUCAUCCAGAGUCAGGUUAAAACCGUUGCCCUCCAAUCAAUAGGAGAUUACCACCAAUAUGAGAUCACCUACAACUCUCAAAAUGAAAGGAUAUCGGAGCUCUAUGACAUCGUAGUACUAGCUACGCCUCUCCAACAUAAUGUUAACUCGGGCAUCUCAUUCCAUGGCUUUGAGCCUCAGCUGCCAGAAAUGGCGGGCUCCUACCACCAAACUGUUGCCUCCAUCAUCCAUGGCUACCUGAAUUGCUCUUACUUUGGCUUCCCCGACCCCAAGCUCUUCCCAUUUGCUAGCAUACUUACUACAGAUACUCCUGGACUCUUCUUCAACAGCGCUGCAAGUGUCUGUCCAGUCAACAUAACCUCUGGUUUCCGCCGCAAACAGCCUCAGGAGGCUGGAGUUUACAAGGUAUUUUCUCCAAAACCUCUGGAGAAGAAUGAGCUGAAAACCCUUUUUAAGUCUUACUACUCAGUGCAGGUCACAGAUUGGUUGGCAUACCCUCACUACGGAAGCACACAAGGGUUGCCGCCGGUGGUACUCCAUGAAAGCUUGUACUACCUUAAUGGCAUUGAAUGGGCUGGGAGUGCAAUGGAGAUGAGCUCUGUGGCCGCUAAGAACAUAGCGCUGUUGGCUUAUCACCGCUGGAAUAGACAAUUGGAAAUGAUUGACCAGAAAGAUCUCAUGCACAAGGUGAAGACAGAACUGUGACAGACCCAUUCUUCAAUGUUAUGAGGACAGUAUUGUCAAAAUUCUUACAUGCUUGCCUGAUUCUGGAUCAGCUUGAACAGAAGUAGAAAACUGUGAGUGACUGAGUGACACUGCCAGUUGCUUUAGACGUGUUUCUUAGACUACACCAGUUUGAUGCCAGAUUGAUCUAGUAUACGGAUUUCUACAAAAGCAUGUUUUGUCUCCAUCUGUGAUUCUACUCCACAUAAAUACUUAGUACACUGCAAAAAUCAUUUUCUGAAUCUGUGUUUUUGUCUUGUUUUCCAGAAAUAAGAUUUACACAUCCUUUAAACAAGAUACGUUUACUUGAGAAGCAAAAUGACAGGAUAUUAAAAACUGUUUGCCAAUGGUUAAGAAAAAUGAACUUAAAUCGAAGUGAACUUUUUUUUUUAUAAUUUUUUUUACCACACUGGACACACAAUAGUGUUUCUUGCUUUAAGCAUUAACAUCACAAAAUUAGUUAGAUUUCUCUGAAAACCCAGCAUGAUCACACAAAUCUGCAUGUUUUUUUCCAAGAGUUACGGUACCCUUGAAUCGGCAACAGUAUGCUGACCCACCGACAAGAGACCUCUCCUCUCAGACAUGUUUGCAUCGGCUCCACCAUGUUAACCUUCCCCUAAUCACGUUCGCAUAAUCAGUGACGAGUGUGAUUCAGAGGUUGCAUUUUUCCCUCUAACAUUACAUUUUUACUCCACUAAUGGUUAGGUUUGGGUUGGGGGUUCAUUUUAUACAAUUUGCAUUCCUCUUCACUGUAUUGCAUCCUGUACAGCUGAAAACAGCUCGCUUUACAACUUGCUUUUGGCGCCCCUCCGUGGACAUUUCACUCGGGAAAUGGAACCCAUACACCCAGCGACACUUGUCGCUUUGGCCACGGGGGGCAGUGUUUCGAAUUUCAGUUAGCACAGACCGAUUUCAACCUUCUGCUUCUGAUUUCACUGUGAGAUCAGUCUGGUAAUUAUUAGACUUAAUCCCAUGUAAUUUUGCUUGAUAAGUAAAUGUACAGUUUAUUUCAAAUAUUUAGAAAUUUUUACUGGGCAACAAAAAAUACUGAUUAAGAAAGCGAUUUAUAUUUUUUUUGCAGUGUACUUACAACAUUGCAUAAAGUUAUGUUCUUAAUGAAUAUGUUAGGCUUGUUUUUUGGUUUUGUUUUUUUUUUUUUUUUUCAGUUAAAAUAACUACAAACCCUUAAAACCAGAAAAACUUGUUUCUUAAAUAUAAGUGUAUUUGUCUUGUUCCACUGGCAGAUUUUUUUCAACAAGUGCAAAAAUCUCCCAUUGCCACAAGGCAAAAUACAACUAGACUAUUUUCCAGAUGGAUUCUCUGAAAACAAGUCUUAGUUGCUCACACUGUUUUGCUUAGAAGGUGAAUUUAUCUGGUUUUAAGGUUUUCUAUAUAUGUUUUUCUUUUGUUUUUUCAUUUUGUUUUGUAAUGUUGUGACAAUUGCCUUGCAAAAAAGGUUUCAUGCCUGUUUGUUUACCAAAUGUUUGGAGUGUUGAAGUGUUUAUGUGGAGAAAACGAACAGCAGUGUGGUCUCAGGCCAAAUGCAAUCAGGCAGCAGUAACGUGUGGGCCGUGUUCUCCAUGAUUGACUGACUUGAUGUCUCUAAGCAAGCUUGCUACUCAUGAAGAACUAGAAAGGUCAAGGACUUUUGGAGAAAUGUGAAAGUGAUACCCCAUUCCUUUUCUACACUCUGGAUAAUGUGGAAUUUUUUAAUGCUUGCUGUAAAAGUCUAAUUAUUUCAGAAUUCCACAAAUUCUAUCUUUUUUAUUAUUAUUAUUUGUUUUUACAUGCUUUUUAUGUGUAACGUCAUUGGUUAUGUAAAAGCUCUUUACACCAAAUCAAGCAUUGUGUUUUGCAACACUGGACAAUUAAUCUUAAAAUUAAAUAUUUAUUUAUUAUGA